AUGGGAGCAUGCUAUAGAUGUGGCCAAGUUGGUCAUUUGGUGAAAGAUUAUCCAAAAUUCACCAACUCUGCGAUGGGUACUCCCAAACCAGCUCAGAAAUCAGGAACAGUCAUAAAAGAGAAGAAAGAACAGAAAUGCCAAGGGAAAGCUUUUGCUUUAGUACCUAGAAACCCCGACGCUACUAAGAACGUUAUGUCAGGUACACUUUCUCUAUGUGGUCAUUCAACUCAUAUUCUCAUUGAUUCUGGAUCAACUCAUUCUUUUGUUUCUCCACAUUUUACUUCCAAAUUGACAUCAACAUCUAAACCCUUGGGAUAUGCAUUAUUUGUGUCUUUUUCAUCCAAUGGUUUCGCACUUAGUACGGAGGAAUACAUAUACCGUGCUAUAUCCCUAGAAGAUGAAACCUUGUAUGUGGAUCUGAUUCCACUUCGCAUCAGUAGUUUGAUAUAA